AGGGAGGAAACGAGGAAACGCUGUUUUUGAGGGAGGCUCAUAUCGCAGUUAGUUGAUGAACCCAUCCUCAUCAUAGCUCCCUCUAACCCAUAGUAACUCUCCCAUACACCAAUAAUCCAAGCACAGCGAAGAACAUGAAGUAUAGUCUACUUUCAUCAUCAUCCUCGCUCAAGGUCGAGAGUCCAACAUCCAUGUGCAAGGUCAAGCGUCGAUCAAGGAAGUCCGAUCAAAACAAGUAUGAUUCCAUCUUUAAAUGGGAGGACUAUGCGGGCUUGAUGGUGCAGCAAGAUUUGGAUGCUAAAGAUUCCAAGCAUUCGACUAUUGAAGAUGGCAGUGGUAUCUACGAUUGGGAAAAGCACAGGCGUAGACAUAGUGCCAAUGACAGUGCAAAGGAGCAGGGAAAAGAACGGAGAAGGAGGUCGAGAAGAAGCACCAAAUCAUCUGGUCUGCCUCCAACUUCAAACUCAAGCGAUAGUGGUACUACGACAGCAGAUUCUCGUGGCAAGACAGUGCGCCGUUGCAGCACUCGUGGACGUGUCGAAGCGAACUUGCGACACACCCAAUCAAUGGACGAAAGCAGCAAGUCCAGCACAAGUGCUGGUAGCUCAAAAACUCUCAGAAGAGUGAAAAGCACAGAUAGUGCAACAGUCAAGAGAGCGGAUGGCGAUGCGCACAGUCGCCGUCAGGACAGUACUAAGGAGGGCAAUACAGAUGACAACAAAGCUUCCCGUCCCCGCCGUCGAAGCAGAUCCCUCGGUUCAAGCAUUCAGGGUCGAGGGAGCAAUGACACUCGCCAAACCCGGCGAUCUCGUCGUUCUUCACAAGAUAGUUGUUGCUCUUUGGAUGAAGCCAAAUCGUAUGGCGACAAAGCUUCCAGUCCCCGCCGUCGAAGCAGAUCCGUUGGUUCCAGCAUUCUCAGGACAGAGAGUAACAACGCCCCCCAAAGCCGACGAUCUCGCCAUUCUUCUCAAGAUAGUUGUUGCUCUUCUGAUGAAGCCAAAAGAGGCAGCGACAAAGCUUCCAGUUCCCACCGUCGUAGCCGCUCCCUUGGUUGCAGCAUUCACAGCAGAGGAAGUAGCAGCAUUCACAGUAGAGGAAGUAGCAGCGCUCCCCGCACCCGACGAUCUCGUCGUUCUUCACAAGAUGUUCCUUCAGAGCACAUUACCAAUGAAGCCAAAACCGAUGACGAAAAAGCGUCCAAUUCCCGUCGUCGAAGCAGAUCCCUUGGUUGCAGUAUUCUCAGAAGAGGGAGUAACAACGCCCCCCCAAGCCGACGAUCUCGUUCCUCAAAACGUAUUUUUUCAUCAGAGGACACUACCAAAGAAGCCAGAACAGACGACAACAGAGCUUCCCGGCCCCAACGACGUAGUAGAUCCCUCGGUUGUAGCAUUCAGGGUCGAGGGAGCAAUGACACUCCCCGAACCCGAAGAUGUCGCCGUUCUUCACAAGACAAUUCUUCUUCGGAUGAAGCCAAAACAGGCAGGGGCAAACCUUCCAGUCCCCGCCGUCGAAGCAGAUCCCUUGGUUCAAGCAUUCUUGGUAAAGAUAGUACCAAUGCUCCCCGAAGCCGACGAUCAGGUCGGUCUUCACAAGAUAGUUCUUCUUCGGAUGAAGCCAAAUCAGACAGUGGGAAAGCUUCCCGUCCCAUCCGUCGAAGUAGAUCCCUCGGUUGCAGCAUUCACAGCAGAGGGAGCAGCAAAGCUCCCCGAACCCGACGUUCUUAUCAUUCUUCAAAUGAUAGUUCUUCAUCAGUUGGCUCCAGCAUUCUCAGCACGGAGAGUAGCAAUGCUCCCCGAACCCGACGAUCACGUCGGCCUUUACAAGAUACUUCUUCAUCGGAUGAAGCCAAAAAAGACAGCAACAAAGCUUCCAGCCCCCGGCGUCGAAGCAGAUCCGUUGGUUCAAGCAUUCUCAGGACAGAGAGUAACAACACCCCCCGAAGCCGACGAUCAGGUCGUUCUUCGCACGUUGCCCCUGACGACAAGGGGGAGCAAGCAAGUGUAAAUGAACAGAUCUUGAGCUUGACAUCACUCUUCUCAGAACAACAAGGCAAAACAGAGGGCAACAUUGAGAAACCAAUAGAUGCAGCUGCAACUAAUCUUCAUGAAGACGUGUUGGCAUCCAUGGAGCACCGAUCCAAUUUGUCAAGGACAUUCCUGGCCAAUCAAAGGUCCAGCUCGUGGCGGUCCUUGUUUGAUGACCAGGCCAAAGAUUCUUCUUCAUGUUGGUCCAAAAGAGGCUCGAUCGAAAUCUUAGACUUUGGGCCCUCCAUACACGAUAUCUUAGACUCUGGGCCCUCCUUACAUGAAAGCUAUCACGGUUCGGGCAGCUCCUUUGUGGUGCCCAGGGUCAAGACCACCACCGUUACACGCGGCAAGACGCUACACAGCUCCUUCCACGGUUUCGACCGAGCAUUCAAUGCAUUUCAUGAUGAAUGCAAGGACUCCAAGCAAACUGUAGCGGCAAAGGCAGAAGAUCAGGCUGCUGGUCCAGAGGACAGUACGGAAGCACCAGAGGAUGCAGGUCUACACGAUGAUGACAAGUUGGCUUCCUUGGAGCGCCGAUCCAAACGCCGAUCCAAACCGACGAGGAGUUUUGACAAUGGACUGUCAAGAUCGUUCCGGUCCUUGUUUCAUGACCAAGACCAUGAGACCGGCCGUGACGACCUGGUCAAACGAUUUCACGAAUCUUGUGCGUCUUUACCGUCUUCGUCUUUGGAUUCACAAUCACAACAGUCGAAACGAUUCUCGACCAGUGUCUUUGACUCUGAGUCUUCCUUGCAUGAAAGUUCUCGCAAUUCUGGCAGCUCCCAAAAUUCUGGUAGCUCCGUUGUUGUGGCUCCCAUGGUCAAACCAAAUACGCGCAGCAGUCUUCCGAGCAAGACAUUGCACAGCUAUUUGUACGGCUCAAUUGGAGCAUUCAAUGAGUCCAAGGGCUUGGCCGAACUCGACGAGUUUGCUUGCCUCGGAUCUAGCUAG